CGCUGUUUUAGAAACCAUGGAUAUAAAGACAAGAGCAUUUGAGUAUUUUUCUAACAACAAUAUUUUGAAAGAACUUGAGAAUGCUCUGCAACUUAUGUUCCAGGAAAAUGCAUCAGAUCAUUCCGGCUAUUUAAGCAAAUAUUUCGAAAACAUUUCCCUUACUCCAAAAGUUGUCAGCAUCAAAGUGGACAGAAACUAUUCAUAUAUUGGUACCUUUUCCAGUUCUUUGAGUGUACUUACACUGUGGCGAACAAAUAUUGAGGUUACCACAGGGCUAAACUAUGUUUAUGGAUGCAAUUACUGUCUGCCUUAUGGAAACAUCUUAAAUGAAUCAACACCCUCUGAAUUCUCAGUUUUUAUAGAGGCAGUUGUGGAUUUACUGAAUAAUUGCCUAUGGUCACCAGCGGAGAUGUUUGAAAUUGAUAAAUAUAUCAGAAACUUCUACAAUGAAUACAGAAAGCAAUUGAAUAAAAUGCAAACGGAUGAAAGCGAGAAAGAAAUAGCAGUUAUUGGUUCAAAAGAAAUCCCGUUAAAGUCUACAUCAGAACAAAAUGCAAAAAAAAAAUCUAAUAAAGAUAUAAUUACACUUCUUCCAAAUCAAAUAAUCUCAAUUGCACCAUUCAUUGCAACAGAUCUAACUUGGUUAUCAAUUAGUUUACAUUUAACAGCAAUGAAAUGUUCUAAACCGAAGAUCAAUUUUCAAUUGUAUAUGAAAUCACUUUAUAAUGAGGUGAUUAAAUCAAUAAUGCCCGAUAACAAGCCCAAUUCACCAAUUCCUGUUAACCAAGUGACAUGUCCAAUAAUUACAAUAUUGAAUUGUCCUGGACGUAUUGGUUCAAUACAAUCAGGAAAAUGUAAAUUUUUACAAGAAAUUCUUCUUAUUCCUAAACCAUAUUUAACACCGAAAGAAUUAUUAGAUAAUCUGUUCAUUAUUAAAACAAAAUUAUCACAAACCUUAAUGAAUAAACCAAAUUUAAUACCACAAUUGUUAUGUGAUAAUGGAGCAUCAAGUGUUAAUAUUGAUAAACCAGAACAAGCAUUUGAUUUAUUAAUAGAAUUUCUAGAACAAAUUCAAUUGAAUAAUCAUUUCUAUUUUGGUUUAUUCAUAUCACCAAAAGGAAUAUUUGAUACGAUAAAAGAACGUUAUGAAAUAAUUACGGGAAAUUUGAAAACACCAGAAGAAUUAGUUAAUUAUUAUAUAGAUUUAAUUGGUAAAUAUCCACAAAUACGUUUAUUAAUUGAUCCAUUUAGAGCAGAAGAUAAAGAAUAUUGGGAAUUAUUAAAAACACGUAUUACAUCAUCAAUAUUGAUUACAACAAGUACAAUGAUUCAACCAGCUAUAAAAGAGAUAACACUUAAUCGAUCUAAUUCAAUGAUUACAAAAAAUCUUAAAACAAUAACAACAUUAUCAUCAUUUGAUGAAUCAUUAAAAUUUAGUAUUCCAACUGGUUUAACUAUUUAUGAUUUAGUGAAUAGUUGCCAAGGCAACAAAAUUCAUCAUCAUAAGGAUGAUGUAAAUCAUGUUGACAUAGAUACUACUACUACUACUACUACUAAUAAUAAUAAUAAUAAUAAUAAUAAUAAUAUAGAACAAACACCGAAUGGUGCAUUACAAUCUACAUCAUUAUGUAAUACAAUUGAUAAACCGGAUAUGUGUUACUCAUCUUGGUUAUUCACUAUGGAUCCAUGUUUAGAUUGUGUUUUAAUAACAGAAAUUAUUCAAGCAAUUCAUAUAUUACAUUUACAAAAUCGGCAAGUGAUAUUCAGUUUGGAUAAUCUACAAGUGAUUGAAGAUUGGCCAAUGGAUAUGGCAAUUGGUUUAGGUAUAGAUUUUAUCAAAAUUACUGGAUUGAAUAGAAUAGAUCAAAUGAAUAAAUUAAUAACAUGGUAUCAUUACUAUCAAGAUAUAAUUGAUCAUUUAAAGGAUUCAAUCAAUCAAUGGAAGUUGUAUGAUUCUUCACUAAUGGAAAAUUCUUUCAAUGUAUGAAUGUAUUAGUUAAGUCAUUC